CACACACACACACACACACACAGUGAUACAAAUACCUAUUUGAGCCUCCCAGUUAUUUUCUCUCAAGGGCUGGAGUCAGCCACACCGGAUACAGGAGGGAACUAAAGGAGCGGAUCUUUUAAGGGAGAAGACAGCUUCUUUUCUGUCAGGUUCCUGGGAGUGUGUGUAAGAGCAAGUCAGAGCAGAGAGCGAGGAGAGAGGAAAAGCCAGAGGGAGAGAGGGGGAGAGGGGAUCUGUUGCAGGCAGGGGAAGGCGUGACCUGAAUGGAGAAUGCCAGCCAAUUCCAGAGACACACAGGGACCUCAGAACAAAGAUAAGGCAUCGCUGACACCACACCGGGGAAGAGCUCACAGACAAGUCGGGCCCGGAAGACCAAGGCCAGGCAGCCGGGAGCACCCAGGGCAGGAAAAUGAGGUGGCUGCUUCUCUAUCAUGCUCUGUGCUUCUUCCUGUCGAAGGCUUCAGCCCACACCGUGGAGCUAAACAAUAUGUUUGGCCAGAUCCAGUCGCCUGGUUAUCCAGACUCCUAUCCGAGUGAUUCGGAGGUGACUUGGAAUAUCACUGUCCCAGAUGGGUUUCGGAUCAAGCUUUACUUCAUGCACUUCAACUUGGAAUCCUCCUACCUUUGUGAAUAUGACUAUGUGAAGGUAGAAACUGAAGACCAGGUGCUGGCAACCUUCUGUGGCAGGGAGACCACAGACACAGAGCAGACCCCUGGCCAGGAGAUGAUCCUCUCCCCCGGCUCCUUCAUGUCCGUCACUUUCCGGUCAGACUUCUCCAAUGAAGAGAGAUUCACAGGCUUUGAUGCCCACUAUGUGGCUGUGGAUGUGGAUGAGUGCAAGGAGAGGGAGGACGAGGAGCUGUCCUGCGACCACUACUGCCACAACUACAUUGGAGGCUACUACUGCUCCUGCCGCUUUGGCUACAUCCUCCACACGGACAACAGGACCUGCCGAGUGGAGUGCAGUGACAACCUCUUUACCCAGAGGACCGGGGUGAUCACCAGCCCUGACUUCCCAAACCCUUACCCCAAGAGCUCCGAAUGCUUCUACACCAUCGAGCUGGAGGAGGGUUUCAUGAUCAGCCUGCAGUUUGAGGACAUUUUCGACAUUGAGGACCAUCCCGAGGUGCCCUGCCCCUAUGACUACAUCAAGAUUAAAGCUGGUCCAAACGUUCUGGGGCCCUUCUGUGGAGAGAAAGCCCCAGAACCCAUCAAUACCCAGAGCCACAGUGUCCAGAUCCUGUUCCGCAGUGACAACUCGGGCGAGAACCGGGGCUGGCGGCUCUCCUACAGGGCGGCAGGAAAUGAGUGCCCAGAGCUACAGCCUCCUGUCAAUGGGAAAAUCGAGCCCUCACAAGCCAAGUAUUCCUUCAAAGACCAAGUGCUCAUCAGCUGUGACACAGGCUACAAAGUGCUGAAGGAUCAUGUGGAGAUGGACACAUUCCAGAUCGAGUGUCUGAAGGAUGGGACAUGGAGUAACAGGAUCCCCACCUGUAAAAUUGUAGACUGUGGAGCCCCAGCAGAACUGGAACAUGGGCUGGUCACCUUCUCCACAAGGAACAACCUCACCACAUACAAAUCUGACAUCAGAUACUCCUGCCAGCAGCCCUAUUACAAGAUGCUCCACAAUAUCACAGGUAUAUAUUCCUGUUCUGCCCAAGGGGUCUGGAUGAACAAAGUUCUGGGAAGAAGCCUGCCUACCUGUCUUCCAGCGUGUGGUCAGCCCUCCCGAUCCCUGCCCAACCUGGUCAAGCGGAUCAUCGGCGGCCGGAACGCUGAGCCCGGCCUCUUCCCGUGGCAGGCCCUGAUAGUGGUGGAGGACACCUCGAGGGUGCCAAACGACAAGUGGUUUGGAAGCGGGGCCCUGCUCUCUGAGUCCUGGAUCCUCACAGCGGCCCACGUGCUGCGCUCACAGCGCAGGGACAAUACGGUGAUUCCGGUCUCCAAGGAGCACGUCACUGUCUACCUGGGCCUGCACGACGUGCGGGACAAAUCGGGGGCAGUCAACAGCUCAGCUGCCCGGGUGGUGCUCCACCCAGACUUCAACAUCCAGAACUACAACCACGACAUCGCUCUAGUGCAGCUGCGGGAGCCCGUGCCCCUGGGGCCGCACGUCAUGCCUGUCUGCCUGCCGAGGCUGGAGCCCGAAGGCCCGGCCCCCCACGUUCUGGGCCUGGUGGCCGGCUGGGGCAUCUCCAACCCCAACGUGACAGUGGACGAGAUCAUCAGCAGUGGCACGAGGACCCUGUCAGACGUCCUGCAGUAUGUCAAGUUGCCCGUGGUGCCGCACGCCGAGUGCAAAACCAGCUAUGAGUCCCGCUCGGGCAACUACAGCGUCACAGAGAACAUGUUCUGUGCUGGCUACUACGAGGGCGGCAAGGACACAUGCCUUGGGGACAGUGGUGGGGCCUUCAUCAUCCUUGAUGACUUGAGCCAGCGCUGGGUGGCCCAUGGCCUGGUGUCCUGGGGAGGCCCUGAAGAAUGUGGCAGCAAGCAAGUCUACGGAGUCUACACGAAGGUCUCCAACUAUGUGGACUGGGUGUGGGAGCAGAUGGGCUCUCCGCAAAGUCUGGGGGAGCUCCAGGUGGAGCGGUGAGCUGACUCCCUCCCUCAGGGCCUGUCUACUCUGCCCCAGCCUGAGCGAGGCUACACCGCACACUUCUGGAAGCACACGCCACGCUCCUGACCAGGCCAAAUAGAAUGGAACACACUGACCUAGCGGAGAGCCAUCCUCCUGCGAGUCUGCAGUGUGGUGAGGGAAAAGGCUCUAGGCAGAAGACCUGGGCCCCAACCUUGUCCAAGUCCCUUUCCCUCUCUGGACCUCAGUUUCCCCAUCAGUACAAGGAGGGAGCUGGACCAAGGCCUCUGGGCCAACCCCAGCACUCCUGUCCAGGCCGUGCCUGGCUUCAUCCCUGUGGCCUGCAUUCGCUCCUAACCAUUUAUCAAACUCAUUGGUCUCACUGUUGGUAUAACUGAGCUUGGGCCUGAUUAUUAGAAAAUGGUUCUUUACAUUGAAGUAAACUCUGAGUCUAUAUAUUCUCCCAGCUCUGCCUCUAAAAGAAAAUCACUGAGGUUUUGGGAGACAGGGCUCAUAGCCUGGAGCCCCUCUCUUCUAGUGUAAUGCUUUGGAGCACUUUUGUCCCUGGGAGCACUCCCAAAAGCUUCUCGCAGUCUAAGCCUUAUCCCUUAUGUUCCUCAUUAUAGGAAUUUCAAAGGACAAAGAGAAAGUUGGGAAGGUUUGUGUUUAUUGGAGCGAGUAGAAUAGCAGUAGGAGGCUCCCCAAACCCCUUAAAUUCCUACUGUUGACUCAGAACACGUCAUUUGGGCACAUAUGCCACUCUUGAACACCAGCUGACACCACAGGGUGUCCAACCUGCUGCUCCAAACAAGCACAAAGCAACUCUUCAGCCUUUAAAUGUAUCAUCUAAAAAGGCUACCUGAGCUCCAGCCCCGGAUGUGAAGACUUGGCUGAUUACUUGGAAGAAGAAAAGACCCACACCAUGCCCUGCUGUGCUUUUGGGCAGGACGAUGGAAGAAAGGGUAGGCUCGGGACAUUGGAAGUCAUCCAAAUCCUGCCAUCCUGCCCAGCAUCCCUGAGCCUGAGCCGGGCGGAGAAUCUGCCCCACAGGAUUUGCGGAGAGAUCCACUCCUUCGUUUUCCAGGGGCCAGAGGUCAAGGGAAGCAGAGACUCACCCGUGACAGGCAGUGAAAAGAGAUGGAGAGCCGAGUCCUGGGUUCUAGCCCCAGCUCUGCCUCCACGUGGCUGUACGACCUUUGACAAAUCAUUUUCCUUCUCUGAGCCUCAGUGCCCCCAUCAGUAAAAGGGAGGCAUGAGGACCCUCUGACACUCAGAGCUGCCGUGUUUGCCAGGAGCCUGUCCCUGACUCUCACGGGUUCGAUUGUCCUCCUUCCCCUGGAGCACUCUGCCUGGGAAUCUCCAUCAGAGAAAGGCAGCCAGGGAACCCGGGGACAGGGUUCCAGGAGAACAAUGGGGAAGUGUCCGCUUUCCCAUUGGUUCAUCAGAGCACACUCCUAUGUCUGCAAACGGCACAUGUAGAGGAUGCUAUAUUUCGUAUAUGUUAUAUCACAUGCUUCACUGCUCUGUAAGGGGCCUCUGCACUCUGUUUCUCCUGCCAGUGGUCUACAGUGGAAAUAAACCUUCUGUGGAUAACCGACAGCCUUGGUUUGGGUGUUUGGUCAUUGUUACUAAAGUAUGUUUGCUUGUCUUGACUUUUGGGGGAAAAAAUCGGCCCCUUCAUUAAGCCAAAAUCUCCCUUGCUUCAGAAAAACUACAAUCUUUGGCACCUGGAAAUCAUCCAGGAAGAUGCAAUGAGGAAAGGAGUUGGUAUACUGAUAGGUCUCCUUCUCAGAGGCUGCAUGUUCCUUCAUUUAUGUGCUGCUAUUUAAGUCCUUGACUUCAGACUAGCCAGCAUGAAGGUCUCACACAGGCAAACAGAGUUAAAUGUAAGAGGAAUAGAGAUUGAAGUACUAUGGGAACUUAAAGGAGGGAAGGAUUCAUACAGCUGGAAGGGACUGGAAUAGCUUUGCAGAGGCUUCAAAGGAUGCACCGGGAGGUGGGAGGGAAGGGACAGAGUGGACAAAGGUAUUGAGGCAGGAAGACAGGCCAGGACUGGAGUGGGAGCAGCAGGCAUUGUUAGAGUGUGAGGAGUCUCAAAAUCCAUACUCUAUUUGGCCUCUGUUCUGGAGCCAGUGAUUCUCUAAGUUUGGGAUAUAUAUAUCAGAAUCACCUGGGGAGCUUUGUGAAAAGUGCCAACUGCUGGGUCUCACCCAUUGGAAAUUUUGAACUCAGCAGGUCUGAGUGCAGGCAGCAUGGCGUGGAAAGUGGGGAGGUGAGGGCUGAGCUUGGCAGGGCAGCUGGGAAGCUUCUGCAACUGCCUUCAUGAGAGAUGGUGAAGACGCACCAGCCCCCAGCCUGUGACAGUGCAGACGUGGAACGGACCGUCUACAUGCAUUUAAGUGGUAUAUUCGGCAGGGCUUGGCCUGUAGGCAUCUCCCAGAAAGUGCAAGCAUGAGGGUGCUCAUAUGGCAAAGCUAAGCUGAGAGUGAGGGCUCCCCCAGGAACACAGUCUGGUUUGCCUUUGUUUUUGGUUUGUAUCUUAAUGAAAAUGUCAUGCUUUUUAUACUAUAGAGAACAAAAAGAAGCAUAAAUUGUGCUUUACAUUUUUAUAUGUUGCUGGCGUCAAGGACUAUUAUGUCUCAUGUUCUGCUACAUUUCUGAUUUUCAUUUUCCUCUAGGUAUUUGGACAUCAUGUUGUAACAUAGUCAGACCCUGGGGUGUCUUGAGGUUACAUGGAGAGUGUAUUGUGACCCUGUGACGUGGAGCUGCUCUCUGCUUCUCCUAGUCACUUACCACCACCUUAGUGACUGGCCAUGGGGACUGAAGAAAAGGGAGACGGCUGGUGCAGACAUUGACAGACACCUGGAAUAGCAAAGGGGAGGAGGCUGGUGACCGUGGAGACCAGGGCUUGGUUUUGCUAGGUUUGAAGAGCUUGUGAGCAGUCCAGCUGGACUUAUACGUAGGCAGUAAAGAGGAGCGAAUUUCAGAGGACAGGGGAGAUUUAAAGACACUGCUUUGAAAUUCAUGUGAUGGCAAGGAGGUGGAUGGUGUCACUACUGGAAGUCUGAAGAAAAGCAAAGAAGACCAAGGGCUGAAUGCGGGAAACACCAGCGUGGAAGGCAUGAAAGAAAGAGAGGCCCCAAGAAUGACAUAGACCAAAAAAAAAAAAAAAA